AGCGAUGAAAAAUUAACUGAACCUACACAACACGAAACAACCCCUCAGCAUAGCUGCUUCUGGCUUCUCUCUCCACAAGAUCCUGAAAAAAAAAAAAGGCUUCUUUGACCAUGUCGACGGCGGUGAUGAUGGUGGCGCUACUCUUCUUAACCACCACAAUAGCCCCAUCACAAGCUCAAGACACGGCAUCUUGUGCCCAGAAUCUAAUUUCGUGCGCUGAGUAUCUUAACACCACAACUACACCUCCUGAUAGUUGCUGUAGCUCGAUCAAAGACGCUGUUACAAACGACCUUACUUGUCUCUGCAACCUUUACAACACUCCUGGCUUGCUGGAAAGCUUUAAAGUGAAUGUUACUCAGGCUCUUGCUCUUACUGGCAGAUGCGGUGUUAACUCUGAUCUCAGUGCUUGUAGCAAAGCUGGAGCUGAUGCCCCAACCACCCCGCCUCCUCCAGGAGUUCCAGGAAAUGAUGGCAGCAGGAUGGCGUGGACUGGAUUUUCAAGCUUGCUCUUAAUGUGCGCUACCUCUCUGUUUUAUUAGGCCACCACCUACAUUGUUCUUUUGAAAUUUGGAGAUAUUUAUAUAAGUAGGAGAGUAUUAUAUGUAUGAUUCCGAGAUCAUUCAUGUGUUAGGGAGCUGUAUUUCCAGAUUUGGAUUUUUAUUGUUCACUUGUAUUUACUUAUUUGUUGUCUCAUUAAUUUGAACUUUGUUUCUGAUGGAUGUCUUAUGUGUAUGGAAACAUACAUUACAACCAAA